AUGGGACGUGCCCGGCACACCGAGUGUUUCCGAGUCUACGAGUGUUUUUCUCUGUCUCAACUCUGCAAGCUGGCAAUGGGUGUCCCCAGAACCAUCGUGCUCUUCCUCUUUGGGGCUGUGUUCUGCCUGACAGAGUCCCAAGCCCAGCAAUGCUACAGCUUUCAACACAUCUACUUCGGGCCCUUUGACCUCAGUGCCGUGAAAUUCCACAACAUCUCCUGUCCCCACGGGUGCUCUGAGGCAGUCUUGUCCCUGGACACUGGGUACCGCGCCACGGUGACCGUGGUACAGAAGGGCUGCUGGACAGGCCCGCCUACGGGCCAGAUGCUGUCCGACGACCGUGCGCUGCCGCCCGACUACUCGGUGGUGCGCGGCUGCAAGACCGACUUGUGCAACGCCGACCUCAUGACCCACGACACCAUCCCCAAUCUGAGCCCGGCGCCCAACCCGCCGACUCUCAGCGGCAUGGAGUGCUACGCCUGCCUAGGGAUCCACCCGGAGGACUGCACCCCGGAGAAGUCCCGACGGGUCCGGUGUCACCAGGACCAAAGCGUCUGCUUCCAGGGCAAUGGCCAAAUGACCGUCGGCAAUUUCUCAGUCCCAGUAUACAUCAGGACCUGCCACCGGCCGUCCUGCACCAUCAAGGGCACCUCCAGUCCCUGGACAAACAUUGACCUUCAGGGCUCCUGCUGUGAGGGGCAACUCUGCAACAGGGACUCCGUGACCCAGUCCUUCACCACCGCCUCGGCUGCUGCCACCCCUUCCCAGGUGCCCCACAGCAUGGCCCUGCUCCUCAUGGUCCCCCUGCUGGCUGGCACUCUUGGAGGCGCCCUCCUGCCCUCCUCCUAG